GCCUCCUCCUUCUCCUCUGGUCUUCGUCAGCUGGUCUGUUGAAGCUGAUACAACUGACUCAGAGACCAACAACAGCUGCCUUGUAAUCCAUAAAACAUAUCCAACAUGAAGAUCUUAUCCCACCUUAUCUUCAUCGUGGUCAUCGGUUCCUGCUUCUCGUCAAGACUCGGUUACUUACCUCCUCCACCUAAUGGAAAUGGCAACGGUGGAUAUACCAAUGGCAACGGAGUCAAUGGCAACGGAGUCAAUGGCAACGGGGUUAAUGGCAAUGGUGGAUAUACAAAUGGCAACGGAGUCAAUGGCAACGGUGGAUAUACAAAUGGCAACGGAGUCAAUGGCAACGGGGUCAAUGGCAACGGAGUCAAUGGCAACGGUGGCUAUACCUAUGGCGUUGGAAACGGAAAUGGUAAUGGAUACAAUGGUAAUGGUGCCAAAGCUAACGGCAAUGGAAACGGUAAAAUAAACGGAAACGGAGCCGUAAACGGCAACGGUUACAGGAAUGGCAACGGUAACGGUUACAGGAACGGCAACGGUAACGGUUACAGGAACGGCAACGGUAACGGUUACAGGAACGGCAACGGUAACGGUUACAGGAACGGCAACGGUAACGGUUACAGGAACGGCAACGGUAACGGUUAUAGGAACGGCAACGGUAACGGUAAUAAAAAUGGCAAUGGAAAAGUAAAUGGAAAUGGUUACAGAUAUGGUGUUAAUGGCAAUGGUGUCAACGGUAAUGGCAACGGCUACACCAAUGGUAAUGGUAAUGGCUACACAAACGGCAACGGUUACACCAACGGCAACGGAGUCAACGGUAAUGGCAACGGCUAUUCCAACGGUAAUGGUUACACCAAUGGCAAUGGAGUCAACGGUAAUGGUAAUGGCUACACCAACGGCAACGGAGUCAACGGUAAUGGCAACGGCUAUUCCAACGGUAAUGGUUACACCAAUGGCAAUGGAGUCAACGGUAAUGGCAACGGCUACACCAACGGUAAUGGCAACGGCUACACCAACGGUAAUGGUAACGGCAACGGAGUCAACGGCAAUGGCAACGGCUACACCAACGGCAAUGGUAACGGCUACACCAACGGUAAUGGUAAUGGAUACACCAAUGGUAAUGGUUACACCAAUGGCAAUGGAGUCAACGGUAAUGGCAAUGGUUACACCAACGGUAAUGGUAAUGGUUAUGCCAAUGGCAACGGAGUCAACGGUAAUGGCAACGGCUACACCAAUGGCAAAGGAGUCAACGGUAAUGGAAAUGGGUACACCAACGGUAACGGUAAUGGUUAUACCAAUGGCAACGGUAAAGGAGUCAAUGGUAAUGGGCAUACCAACGGAAAUGGCGUCAACGGGUACUCCAACGGUAACGGCGUCAACGGUAACGGAGUGAACGGUAAUGGAGCCAACGGGUACACCAACGGUAAUGGAGUCAACGGGUACACCAACGGUAAUGGAGUCAACGGGUACACCAACGGAAACGGCGUCAACGGUAAUGGAGUCAACGGGUACACCAACGGUAACGGCGUCAACGGUAAUGGAGCCAACGGGCACACCAACGGUAACGGCGUCAACGGUAAUGGAGUCAACGGGUACACCAACGGUAACGGCGUCAACGGUAAUGGUGUCAACGGCACACCAACGGUAACGGAGCCAACGGGUUUACCAUCCCUGUGCCAGCCACACCCUCCGGGCUCUACCAGACGCCAGCCUAGUAAACACACUCAGCCACCACACCCUGCAGGCUACAUGUUGUAUACUGAUGCUACACACCUCCCCUGUGUAUGUAUGUAUACCUGCCACAUGUAUGUAUACCCUGUUAUGGCUAUGUAUUCACUGCAGCGACACUCUACAUAUAUAACACUCGUAUUUAUUGCAAACUGACUUUUUAAUAUCAUAAUUUAAUGUCUUUGGUAUUUAAUAUUUCUUAUGUAAGUUAAGUAUCAGUUUUUCUUCUUAGUUGAUUUCAAUGUCUGUAUGUUCGUCAAUAAAAAUGAUUCAC